GGGCGCGAGCGGGCUCCUUUCGCACCACGUUCACCGGCUGCCAAGGGGAGCCGCCGGGCGCUCGCAGGCUCGGCGCGCACUGCCAGCGCGAGGACCUGCUGCCGCCACUAGCCGCCGCCGCGCCGCUGCCCAGAGCCAUGGCCUCGCUCGGCCAUCCCGCCGCCUUCGGCCGAGCCACCCACGCCGUGGUUCGGGCGCUGCCCGAGUCCCUCUGCCAGCACGCGCUGAGGAGCGCCAAGGGCGAUGAGGUGGAUUUCGCCCGCGCCGAGCGGCAGCAUCAGCUCUACGUGGACGUGUUGGGUAGUAAACUGGGGCUGCAGGUGGUGACGCUGCCGGCCGACGAGAGCCUCCCGGACUGCGUGUUCGUGGAGGACGUGGCCGUGGUGUGCGAGGAAACGGCCCUCAUCACCCGACCCGGGGCGCCGAGCAGGAGGAAGGAGGUUGACAUGAUGAAAGAAGCAUUAGAAAAACUUCAGCUCAAUAUAAUAGAGAUGAAAGAUGAAAAUGCAACCUUAGAUGGUGGAGACGUCUUAUUCACAGGCAGAGAAUUUUUUGUGGGUCUUUCCAAAAGGACAAAUCAACGAGGUGCUGAAAUUUUGGCUGAUACUUUUAAGGACUAUGCGGUCUCCACAGUCCCAGUGGCUGAUACUUUGCAUUUGAAGAGUUUCUGCAGCAUGGCUGGGCCUAACCUCAUUGCAAUUGGGUCCAGUGAGUCUGCACAGAAGGCCCUCAAGAUCAUGCAACAGAUGAGUGACCACCGCUAUGACAAACUCACCGUGCCUGAUGAUGUGGCUGCAAAUUGUAUAUAUCUAAAUAUCCCCAGCAAAGGCCACGUCUUGCUGCACCGAACCCCAGAAGAGUAUCCAGAAAGUACAAAGGUUUAUGAAAAACUGAAGGACCACAUGCUGAUCCCUGUGAGCCUAUCUGAACUGGAAAAAGUGGAUGGACAGCUCACCUGCUGCUCAAUUUUAAUUAACAAGAAGGUAGACUCCUGAGUGGCAGUCCCUGCCUGCAGCCGGCAAUACUGCACUCACACGGCCGACAACUGUCCCCACUCCUGUCGUUUUCAUUGACAAUCUACUGUGCCACUGUGCUACUAACUCUGAUUUUUAAAAGUUUAAUUUUAAUUGCUUCAUUCUGCACCUUUUAUCCCUCCCCUUACGGUGGUACCCAAACUGUGGAUUUGCUAAAUGAAUUAAGCAACGUAGAAAAUAUAGAGCUAAUGAAUUAUUGAAAUGUGAUUAAUGAUUAUAAGAAAACACUCAGUAGUGUUUGUAUUGUUGAUGUGAAAAUCAUUUAGUUGCCAAUAUAUGCUGAGGAAUGUCUUGAUCAGUCUGAUGAGCUGGGGUUUUAUCCUUUAUGUCAUUAAUCGUCUUUGCUUCCUGUGAAAUGCGCUGGUCCAUGGAUUCUCCCUCCUUUUUUUUUCUUGCAAACUCUGAAAAUUUUUUUCCAGUUACUUUCUUUUGCUUUUCUCACCUCUAAUACAGUUACCUUGACCUCGGGUAAAAUCGAGGGUCUUGCCUUCUGGAUACCUUCCUGCAAGUUCACCCUGUCUGACAUCGGUCUCUUCCUCCACAUGGCUACAUCUCCCAGCACCCCCCAGAGCCCCCCAGAAGAGCACAUGGAUCUCUCAACAGAACUGUGAUCAAAUCCAGAGCAGCUGUUUGGAGGAGAGUUUCCUGCACAGAGGCACAUCCUGACAGCGUUUCCCAGAGAUCUAAAUUCCAGAGGCAGGGCACCACACCUAGUAGGUAAAUUCAGCACCGGAUGGUUGCUAGGGCUUCAUUGAUCAAGAAGCUUGGAAACGCCCCAUGGAUAUAAUGUCUUAGAGAGCCUUGAAGUCACAUUCUAUGAAUUUUUGCUUCAUUACUGGCCAUACACAGACCUUGGGGGAGAGUCUUAUUUUUUUCUUCAGCUCAUUUCCAUUUCCUUCCAUUGUGAUUCACCCUAUUUAUUACCAGCCUUCUUCCCCUGGCAAGUAUCCCAGCCAAGCAAAGUUAUUUCUUUCAAAAGAGACCUCACAUCUAAAAGUGAUUACCGGCCCUGUCCAGGUAGCUCAAUUGGUCAGAGCAUCAUUCUGAUAUAUCAAGGCUACGGGUUCAAUCUCAGGUCGGGGCACAUACAAGAAUUAACCAAUGAAUACAUAAAUAAGCGGAACAACAAAUGGAUAUUUCUCCUUCCCUCCCUCCCCCUUCCUCUCUCUCCAAAAAUCAAUAAAUAAAUUUAAAAAUUUAAAUGAUUAUUAAUGGUCUAGUGUGAGCCAGAUGAAUCCUGCUCAGGAAGUGAUAGACUUGGCGCUUGAAACCAGCUGCUGACAAUGGACAAUUAUUUGAAAUACCCACGAGUAUUUACUAUGGAAUUCAGCGAAAACUUCUUUCCUCUACAGCCUUUAAGUUACACAACCUUAAACUGACACAGAGCUCUCGCAUAAAACAAUGCCACAGUGAAGGAAGAGAUCAUUAUAUUCCACUUAAGCCUGAAAGAAUUGGCCUAUUUGCAGGCCAGGGAAAGGGUACUUUCCAAGGAAUGGUGACUGAUCCAGGCAUGUCAUUGAAUUUUCUAGUCAUCUUCACCUUUCCCAUAUUGCCUGUGGCUUGUUUUUUAAGAGUAAGAAUCAGGGAGAUUAAGAACUACUACUUCAAGUCUUGUUCUGCUCACCUAUGUGUUUGUAAUCAAACAUUCCUUAUGUCUGAUGACCAAGAGAGAAUUACCUUCAUUCAUUUCCUCUCCCCAUUAGUAAAUGGAAGUAAUAAACUUCUGAGAACACCAAGACACCCUUAGCCACUCUCUUUUUUAUCGAUUUGAUAUUUUUUGCCAGAAUUAGAAGAAACUCCUUCUCCUCCUUAUUGCUUAACUUGGAAAUUUAUUUCAAGUGCAAAUAUCUAAUUAUAUACAUCCCAUGAAUAAAUGGUCAAUGUCAUGUUUCCAACUGCCUUCUCAUGGGUGAAUAAUACCUUUUACCAGAGAGAGAAUGAAUGUUACCUGCAUGCCCAAGUUAAUAAAGAAAAAUUAUCCUCAGCACUUACGGUUGCCUGCAGGGUUUAAAUAUGACCUUUUGCUAGCAAAAGCAGAAAUCCUUCUGGGAAAGUUCAACAUCUCAAAAACAGCCAUGGAAAAACUAACCCAAUCACCUGGUUUAGGCACAUAAUUUUUAAUCUCUUUAUUUGUAUCAUCCCAAAUUAAAAAACUAUUCUCUGUUAUGUUUUGUCAACUGCAAGCGAAUAGAUUUUUCUCUUGAACUGUUUGUCCUACAGAGGCUGUUUUCAUUUUUCCUCUCCUUUGCUUCUUUCCCUCUUUCCUUCACUCUGCCCCAAGAAAUCACUUAGAAUCUGUGUGCCUCUUCUACAGAAUCUUACUCCACACAGCUACAUCACCAACGAGGCUGGCUUCUUUGGACUACCUGUGUGAUAUGAUGAUGUGAAAACCUAAAAUGUGUGCAGCGUAGUAGUGGUCCUUCUUUCAUAUACUCAUCAGCACAAUGUUAUCCUUGCAGAAGAAAGAUAACCUGUGGCAUAGGUCCCCUGGUGUCCAUUGUGAUUUAUAAGGAUAGAUAAACUAACAAAAACUGCUUUUUGACAUGAUAGAGACAUUAGUAACUGUAUUUAAGUAAAAGUUGAAUUACUUGGUCAGUAAGAUUCAAUUAAAUGAAGACAAUAUAGAGAAAGUACAUUAUUUAGCAUUACUUCUUCAACUGUGAUGAUUGCUAUAGAAAUCAACAGGCAGAUCUCGUUAAUGUGUAUUGAUCGCUCUUUUAAACUACUGUGAACAGAUAGAUUACUGAGGCCACCUCCUCACCUCGACGGGGAGAAAAUAGCCUGUAGAUGAAUACUGUGACUUAUCUAGAGCUGCAUGUUAGUCUUUGUAAUUAUUUACUCUUAACAUUCUACAGAACUCAGACAUGAUUUCCACAUGGCGUUAGGUUUGUGCAUUUUAUUUCACUGACCAUCUUGUUCCAGCCAGUGUACGGUUACCCACUCUGUGUGCCAAAACCAGUAAUGCCUUUCACAGCCCUUUAGUCCAGAGAAGUUCUGCACUGAUUUAGUCCCUUGCUGUCCUGAUCCUACAAGUACACCAAUUACA